AUGCUCUUUCUGACCGCAUGUCUUUUGUGUGUGCAGGUGGACGUCACCCUCGUGGCGCACCUUGUACAACAGACGCGGAUGCGCCUGAAGACGCGCUACUUCGACAGGUCCCCUAGUCACGUUUUUGGCAGCGGUGAGAAGAUGCAGCUGCCUGACUUCAUCAAGGCCCACCAGAAGAUGGAUAAGCGGCAGAUGAAAGCGGAAGGCGUGGACGCGGACGGCAACGCCGUCUCCUUCGAAUUCGCCCUGCACGAACGCCCCCUGCCAGGCCAUGAGACAGAAGGUGAUGUAACCGCCUGCUUCGAGCUUUCACUCAAGUUCAUCCGCAAGGUGGACUCGGAGCUGGAGUGGCGCAUGCGCGACCUCAGCCUCCUCGAAGGCGCCAAGCUGUUUCGUACGGCGUCGUAUGUGUCCGACGACACACAGCGCCUGGAGUCCUUCAGGAAGUGGCUUGGCCAGCUCCACAAGCUGUACAACCACAAGCUGCCUGGGUUCGACUACAAGCGUGCCGGCCAGGAGCUCUGGAUGUUUACCUCGACCAUGUUCUCCCAGCACAACGGCGAGGAGUUUCAUCAGGCGCUGGGGAACAUGCUGCGCGACGAGGCGUGGCGUACGUCUACGACAUUGACUGAUCUGAAGGAGAUCGAAGAACUAAACCAGUUCCCUAUGGCUGCUACUAGCACCAUUGCGGGGCUCCGCGGAGCGCGCAAUCUGCUUCUCCUUCCGCUCGCCUUCCUGCUGCUCCUCGCCGCCAGCGCCGCGCAGCCCGUCCUUCACCCAUCCCCCUCCGCCACCGGCUCACCCCGCAACAUCGCCCGCCGUGCGCUCGCCCGCGCGGAUUCCACUGCCUCCCCGCACAGGGUGGAGCGCCGAAAGCUCUUCAGCUGGGACGGUGUGACCGUCGAUCAGAUCAAGGCCGGCAGCCUGGGCACGAUCGACGGUCCAGCAGACGACGAGGUGACUCAGAGGAUCGUGGAUCUAUUCAUGAACGCGGGGUACAACGUGAUGGUCAUUCAGACCGACCACUCUGUGGCGGGUGAUCCGGCGUCCACGCAGGUCGAGGUGGCGCAUUUCCUGUUCAACUCUGUGUUCUAUGUGUAUUACAAGCAGGGUCCGUUCUCUGUAGAGAAUCUUGGCAAUGGCGGGUACGAGAACUGGGCCUUUGGAGGCAUCUGGCAGCGCUAUGGCGCCGAUGAGAAGGUCGUCGUGUUCUCCUGA